CUUACAAAUGCAGCACGUUUGUGUCAUCGACUUUUCUCGCUUAAAUUAGCGACCGCGUAUUUCUCUGAAAAUGAUUUUGCGAUCCGGUCGCAGGCGGUCCGAACGGGGAAGUCGUAAAGCCGCGACCCGGGUCGCAGAAUCGGAGGCCGCAGCUGCUCCCUCCCAGCGCGUGCGUGAAUCUCUGUGCCCGUGAGGGCCUCAAACGUUGCGCCGCGAUGGAAGUGGGAGAGGCCAAGUUUGGGGAAAAAGCGGCGUGUCCCGCUCAACUAUUUGACACCUCCGUACGAGGAGUUAACCUGUAGCCCGAGCGUGCGGUUAAUCUUCCUUGCGCGCCUGCCGACUGCCGAGGCUUUAAAGUGCCGCCUGGCCGCUUUGCUCUCCGCCACUCGGGAGCAAACUUCAACGCGCCGAGAUGAAACUGUCCGUCGUGACCAAGAAGCUGUGGUGCGUUCACAAGGUCUUGGUGCUCCUGAUCACGCCGCUGCUUUUUUCGCCUUUGCUCGCGACCUUGCCGGAGAAGGAAGGACGAUGCCUCUACGUGGUCUUGCUGAUGGCCACGUUCUGGUGCACGGAGGCCCUCCCGCUGGCCGUCACCGCCAUGCUCCCCGUCUGCCUUUUCCCGACGCUGGGGAUCAUCCCGUCCAAGAAACUCUGCCCUCAGUACUUCCUGGAAACCAACUUCCUCUUCUUAAGCGGCCUGGUGAUGGCGUCGUCCAUCGAGGAGUGGGGCCUCCAUCGCAGGAUCGCGCUCAAGGUCCUCACCAUCGCCGGAGUCAAACCGGCCUGGCUCAUACUGGGCAUGAUGGUGACUUCGUCCUUCCUGUCCAUGUGGCUGAGCAACACGGCCACGACGGCCAUGAUGCUCCCCAUCGCCGACGCCAUCUUGGAGAGUCUCUACGGCGAUCUGGAGAGCCUCAAACAAAAGUGCCAGUCGGCGGACGACGGCGACGGCGACGUCGUCAACGGUCAGUCCACUAAGAUGCAUUCGGUGCCCUCGGUGGCCUCAGAGAAACAAAUGUUAUCCCUUGACGGGACGGACGCGGCGGAGGGGAGUGGCCCGAGGUCGGCCGAGGAGAUCCGGUCCCGGUCGGAGAAUCAGAUGAGAGUGUGGAAAGGGUUCCUCGUGUGUAUUCCUUACGCGGCCAGUAUCGGAGGAACCGCCACCCUGACUGGAACGGCACCGAACCUGAUCCUCGUUGGACAGCUGAAAAACCAUUUUCCGCAGUGCGACAUCAUCAACUUUGGCUCUUGGCUUGCGUUUGCGUUCCCGCUCAUGCUCAUCUUCCUCCUUCUGGGAUGGAUCUGGAUCGCGUUCCUCCACGGAGGCCUGAACGCCCGCUUGUGCUCGAGGAACCGGGACCAGGGGACGGAGGAAGAGGACCGAGCUCUGGCUCUCAUUCAAGAGGAUUACAGAAAACUCGGGCCCUUAAAUUUCGCGGAGGGAGCCGUCUCUUUCUUCUUCGUCUUGUAUGCAGUCCUCUUGUUCACAAGGGAUCCGAAGUUUGUCCCGGGCUGGUCCGUGUUUUUUAAGAAGGGUUAUGUGUCAGACGCGGUCACCGGCGUGAUCGUUGUGUCCAUAUUGUUUUUCUUCCCCUCACAGAAACCUUCUCUUAGCUGGUGGCUGGACCCGAAAGCUUCCAACGCGCCGUACGUGCCUCUCCUGUCAUGGAAGAAAGCCCAGGAGUCGGUUCCUUGGAAUAUCAUUCUGCUGCUCGGAGGCGGCUUUGCCAUGGCUCAAGCGUGUGAGGAUUCCGGCCUCGCCUCCUGGAUCGGGGGCCACCUCCAGCCCCUGUCCAAGGUCCCGCCGGCCGCCGCCAUGAUGUUGAUCACGGGCUUCGUGGCCUGCUUCACCGAGUUCGCCAGCAACACCGCCACCAUUAUCAUAUUUUUACCAGUUAUUGCCGAACUGGCAUCCCACGUGUCGGUGAAUCCUUUGUACUUCAUGAUCCCUGCAACGAUCGGGAGUUCGUACGCUUUCAUGCUGCCCGUGUCGACGCCACCAAACUCCAUCGCCUUUGCGUCCGGUCACCUGAUGGUCAAGGACAUGGUCAAAACCGGCUUUGUCAUGAACAUCCUGGGCCUGCUGUCGGUCUCUUUGGCCAUCAACACGUGGGGCCUCGCCAUGUUUAACCUGAACAACUAUCCCGACUGGGCUCCUCGGCCCCUCAACCGUUCCGCUGUCCACGCAUCCAACUUUACUCUCUGAUCUCCCAACUGGAUUCAAUACAAAAAAAAAAAAAAAAAAAAAAAAGAAUCUGUUGGUAGAAAAGCCCGGAAGUGUUCAGCUGUUAGCAUUUUAGCAUUUUCUGCAUUAAUGAUGACAUCCGUCCUUCAGGAUUUUUUUUUUUUUUUUACGACUCUUUAGGCGUGGAAACGGCGUUUUCAACAGAUGGUCACAACCGUUAACAGAUACGAUCCAUCCAACCGUUUUCUUCUAACACACGAGGGGUCACGGGCGUGCGAGGACCCGACCCCACCUUUCUUCGGGCGAGGGGCGGGGCAACCCUGCUGGACUGGAUGCCGGCCAAUCACAGAGCAACGCUACUUUCAGUGUUGCUUCAUUAUCGUUCACUUGUUUUUUUUUUUUUUUAUAUCAUAUUCUUGUACUGUUCAAUGCAUUGCAAGAAACGCUCUUGAAAAUCAAUUUUUGUCAUUUUGCACGAGUGUCGUUCGUCGCGGCGGCGGACGGCGCUCGCGUGCCGGCGCCGACCGACAAACAACUUUGACAUCGUGCGUGUCGUCACUUUUCUGAAAUUAAUUUCAAAAGAGUGGCCAAACGACAUCUCUUUGAAGUCCCUUAAAUAGCGUUGCACAGCAAACGCGACACAACACUACCCCAAAGUUAUGUUUAGCGCAUUCUAUGAAAAAAAAAAAAUGACUAAUUUAUGAAUGCUGAGCUCCCCACAAGACAAAAAAAAAAGGUCCUCAUAUUCACAAAAGCAAAUGAUUGUGCUUCCAAAUGUUCAAUGCUUGA